CAAUCUGCUCGCCCAACAAACGGAAAUUGGCGCUUCAACGCCACGGCACACGGAGCAAAUGCUGCAUGAUGCACCAUGAGCCCUGGAGCCGGCGACGCAGGCUCCAAUCGACCCGCACAAGGCGGUGGCACUGAUGCAGAAGCCAAGAAGACGGAGGCCCAGAAGGAGCAAGCACGUCCUAAGCGGCCCAAGUGGCGGCUUUGCUUCCGCUUGGACCGGAGGAUGGCCACGGCCAAGGAGUCCCUGGAAGACCUUGCGCCCAAAUACCAGCGCGACUUCUUCCUCACUGUGAUAGAUCCGCCGUGGCACGGAAUCUUCAAGGAUCACCCACCGGCGCCCUUCUUCGCUUCCAGGUCCGCCUGUCAUGUGGCAGAUUUGAUGGCCAGUCGGCACAUGAUCUCACAGCUGCCGGGCAGAAGCUAUGAAGGGAAGGCUGUGUGUGUCAUAGGCGCUGAGUGUAUGACCGCCGGCCUGGUGUGUGCAAUGCUGGGUGCCAAGGUGAUGUUCGUAUGCGAGCGGAACCUGGAGUCCUACUUCCAGCACAAUGUGCGCCUGUUCCGGCGGGACACCUUGGACUAUACCAAGACCAAGGGCAAGACGCUGUUGGUCACCUCCUGUAGCCCUGGGAGGAAUGCCAGCUUUGGAGCGGCUGCCCUUUGUGAGAAGCUGCAGGUGCCUUCCAUUGACAUGAUCGUCUUGACGGAGCUCAGCGCCGCGCGGGUGCUGGGGGACGUUGGCGGCCUGCUGGGACGCCGCACGGAGGCCACAGCCUCGGGCUUCUUUCGCAUGCUCAACAACCUGGUGCCUGCACGCUCAUGCUGCAAGACCCUGGUGGUUUGUGACCAAAGCUCUGCAGAGAUCAUGGAGGAGCCCCGUUUCAAGGGCGAUGCCUCGAUCUCCACCUCCACGGCCCCGUCUUGGCUGGAUGAGAACGUCCCACCAGGGCUUGCAGCCGUACUUCCAAUGGACUGGCAAGCCCGGACAUUUUGUCAGCUGCCGCAAAACAUACAGGUGAUCUGGCUCGAGCGGCCAGAUGCUGAAGUGGUGCGACAGCGGCCUGCGCCGUUGGUGAAUCGCCCGCCCAUGCCGCCCAUGGGUGCUACAUCUUCACGAUGUGGAUGUGGAGGGCACCUUCAAAGCCCUUUGUUGGGACAACGCGUGGAGAACAAGGAAUGGUUUGUGAAGAAUGCCCAGCUGAAAGAGGCCUUGAUGACUCACAACAGCUUGAAACAGAUGGAGGCCAAUAGCGUGCUAAGAGAGGCUCGAGCAUGGGCAGACAGUGUGUCAUUGAGCAAGACGGCGACAUCCACUACCAGCUUACUCCGGAAGGAGCCGACGGCUGGCCAGCCGACAGGUGCCGUGAGCCCAGUGGGCAAGCUUGGAAAGGUCAUCGAGCCGCUCAGCGCACGGAACAGCAGGGAACUGCGUGAGACCUCACGGAUCACCAGCAGCAAAGGCAGCCGCAGUGCUCGCGGUCCCAACAUCGCGGAGCGCCAUGCGGCACCGCCGGUCUGGUACAACUGCAAUCGUGCUGUCUAUGGCCGGCCACCAGAAGAACCAAAGGCUCCGCCAACCACCUGAGUUGCAGAGGGGCCAAUCACCUGCAAGGACCUGAGGGGCCAAUCAACAUGCUUGCAGCAAGUGUUGCCCAAAAAGAACCAGCCCG